AUCCGGUCGGCCGACACGCCGCUUUUGGAUCUGUUACAUGCGCACUGAGUCGCUUGGGCUGGGCGGAUGAUAAUGGAGCGGUAAAGUUCACGAUGUGUGUGUCCUGUUUGGAGAUUUGGGAUAAACUGAUCGAGGACAGCAGCUAACCCACGUAUGGCCUGCGAGUCGGCGUUACCUGCCAUCAUGGACGAGCAGGCCCUCAUGGGACUGAACCCCAACGCCGAUGCCUGCUACAGGCAAAGGGCGCUGGUAUAUUUUGAGCAGUUGAAAGAGUCUCAGGAUGGAUGGGAGGUGUGCGCUGAAGCCCUGGCUAAAGGGGUUUACAGUGACGAUCAUGUAAAGUUCUUCUGCUUUCAAGUCUUGGAGCAUCAGAUCAAAUUCAGACACGGGUCGCUCACCGCAGCUCAACAGCAGCUGAUCCGAGAGACUCUGAUGAAAUGGUUACAGGCUCAGUUGAUGAACGCGCAUCCAGAAAAGCCCUUCAUCAGGAAUAAGGUGGCGCAGGUUUUAUCUCUGAUGUUUGUGACGGAGUAUCUGACGUUAUGGCCUAAGUUCUUCUUCGACAUCCUAAACCUGGUGGGAUUGAAUCCAAACGGUGUGGACAUUUACCUGCGCAUGCUGAUGGCUAUCGAUGCAGAUGUGGUUGAUCGGGACAUCCUGCACAGUCCUGAGGAGAUACGCAGAAACACUCUGAUUAAGGACAGCAUGCGCGGGCAGUGCAUCCCGGCGCUGGUCGAGUCCUGGUUCCAGAUCCUUCAGACGUACCAGCACACCCACAGCGAGCUGACCUGCCAGUGUCUGGAGGUGGUGGGUGCGUACGUGUCCUGGAUCGACCUCAACCUCAUCGCCAACGACAGGUUUGUGAAUCUGUUGCUCAGUCACAUGUCCAUCGAGGAGCUUCGCGAGGAGGCGUGCGACUGUCUGUUUGAGAUCGUUAAUAAGGGCAUGGAUCCUGUGGACAAAACCAAGCUGGUGGAGUCUCUGUGUCAGGUGCUGCAGUCCGCAGGCUUCUUCAACAUCGAGCAGGAGGAGGAUGUGGAUUUUCUGGCGAAGUUCUCUCGGCUGGUGAACGGGAUGGGUCAGUCUCUGGUGCUGAGCUGGACUAGACUCAGUAAGACGGGCGAUGUGAAGGUUUCGGCGGAAGCGUUGCGUGCCGUGGAGGCGAAGGUUCCUCUGAUGCUGCAGCUGCUGAUUCAUGAAGACGAUGAUAUUUCAGCAAACAUCGUGGCUUUCUGUUAUGACUACCUGCAUGUUCUCAAACAGCUUCCAGCUCUCAAUGAGCAGCAGAAAACAAACGUGGAGGCGAUCAUGCUGGCUGUGAUGAACAAACUCAAGUACGAUGACGAGUAUAACUUUGAUAGCGAGGGCGAGGACGAGGCCAUGUUUGUGGAAUACAGGAAGCAGUUAAAGAUGUUGCUGGAUCGACUCGCUCAAGUCUCUCCUGAGCUGCUGCUGGACGCCGUGCACAGAGUCUUCAACGCCACCAUGCAGAACUGGCAGACGGUGCCCUUCAUGGAGGUGGAGGUGGCCAUCCGACUGCUGUAUAUGCUGGGUGAAGCUCUUCCUGCGUCGCACGGAGCGCACUUCUCUGGAGACGCCACCAAAACCAGCACACUGCAGUCCAUGAUGAGAACGCUGAUCUCGUGUGGCGUGAGCGAGUAUCAGCACUCCUCGGUGACUCUGGAGUUCUUCGAGACCGCCGUCCGCUACGAUAAGUUCUUCCUGGUCGAGCCGCAGCACAUUCCCAGUGUUUUGAUGGCGUUUUUAGACCAUCGUGGUCUGAGGCACAGCAGUCCGAAGGUGCGCAGUCGAGUGGCUUAUCUGUUCUCACGCUUCAUCAAAACCCUGCAUAAACACAUGAAUGCAUUCAUCGAGGACAUCCUCAGCAGAAUACAGGACCUGUUAGAGCUCGCUCCACCGGAGAACGGCUUCCCGGCGCUGCUGAGCAGUGAUGAUCAGCUGUUCAUGUUUGAGACGGUCGGUGUGCUGAUCGUGAACGGAGAGGGUCCGGCCGAACGCAAGCAGGCUCUGAUGCACAGUCUCCUGACGCCGCUGAUGGAGGCGUUUCGCAUGCUGCUCACAAAACUGCCGCAGGAGGCCAACGAGGAGAGACAGGCGGCUCUGGCUGAUUGUCUGAGUCACGCUGUGGGAUUCGCCAGUCGCACCAGUAAGGUGUUCAGUAACAAGCAGACGGUGAAGCAGUGCGGCUGCUCUGAAGUGUAUCUGGACUGUCUCCAGACCUUCCUGCCGGCGCUCAGCUGUCCCGUCCAGCGAGGACCCCUGCGCAGCGCCGUGCGCUCCUUCCUCCACCGCAUGAUCAUCUGUCUGGAGGAGGAGGUGCUGCCCUUCAUCCCAGCCGCCUCGCAGCACAUGCUGAAGGACUGCGAGCCCAGAGACCUGCAGGAGUUCAUCCCCCUCAUCAGUCAGAUCACCGCCAAGUUCAAGAACCAGGUGUCUCCUUUCCUCCAGGAGGUCUUCAUGCCGCUCGUGAUGGCCAUAUUCGAGGUGUUGUCUCGUCCAGCGGAGGAGAACGAUCAGACGGCUGCGUUAGAGAAGCAGAUGUUGAGAAGAAGCUACUUCAGUUUCAUUCAGACCGUGGCCAGCAGCGGCAUGAACGAGAUCAUGGCCAGUCAGGGAGCGGAGAAUAUCGAGCGUGUGCUGUUCACCAUCAUCCAGGGAGCGGUGGAUUUCCCAGACCCCGUCGCCCAGAAAACCUGCUUCAUUAUCCUGUCCAGACUGGUGGAGCUGUGGGGUGGAAAAGACGGUUUGGUGGGAUUCCCAGAUUUCAUCUACAAGCAUAUCAUCCCAGCAUGCCUCAUGGCCCCUCUGAAACCGACCUUUGACCUUUCAGAUGCGCAGACGGUUCUGACGCUGUCUGAGUGCACGCUGACUCUGCACAUGAUUCAUCUCAAAAGAGGGCAGGAGUGUAUUCAGUUUCUUCAGGAGUAUCUGCCGUCACUGCAGGUCUCACCUGAGAUCACACAGGAACUCUGUCAAGUGCUUCAGCAGCCGGAUGUUAAGGUUCUGAAAAACUACAUGAAGGUGUUCUUCCAGCAGGCCAAACUUUAAAAACUGGAACUGUCAAGCAGAGCCACUUACAGACCACCAUUACGACAGAGCUUAGCAUAGGAGCUACUUUUGCACUUAAAGAAGCGUAACCACACCCAUCCUGUCUGCAGGACACGGACCCCCAGCAGAGUCACGUGGGGAUUGGCUGUCAUGUGACGUGACCACGCCCCCACACCGAGCUUUGCCCAAUCAGAGUUGUGCUCUUCCCCAGACUGGAUGCGACGUCUGCGAUUGGACGAGACGAUAUACUGUAGGUGGGGUUUGUGUGGGUGGGCGGGGCUUCAGUCCUGGACAGAAUUUCAAGGGGAAAAGGUUUCCAUUUGAAAUGCAACAAUUGUUUAGAAUUAUAACUUACAUGUUACAGAAAAUUCUAGAAUGAAUUUAAUGAAUUGUUUAUUUUUGUGUGUGUGUGUGUGUGUGUGCUAGAAAUCUGGAUUUUUCUCAAAUUUCAGCGUAAGAAGGGCCGGUUUAAGAAUAUUUAAUGGCUAAUUUUUCUUUUUUUUUUUUUUAAACAUGCAUAAAUGAAGCAUAUGUUUUAGUUUGAUGUGAUGAGGUUAACAAACUGAAGUGCUCUUGAUGUGGGCUCAACCUGGCAAAAUUUUUUUUUUUUUUUUUUUUUUAAAUGGUUCAUGAACUGCUAAAUCAUCAGAAGUCCCGUCUGAUUCAUCAUGGCAUUCCCAUCAAAGCUGUACUGUAUCAAGCAUGGUUUCCCAACACUAAACGUUUCUCCGCUCCAUCACAGUCUCCGAUUCAUUCGUUCAAUGCCUUUUGAAGCCUGUUUGAAAUAUGCAAUAUAAUGUUACGAACUGUGAAAAUACUACGAGGUGGUUUGAUCCUUGGAUCUGCAGUGGGAAUGUUCUAGUUAAGUUCUUUUGUUUGGAAAUCUACUUUGUGUAAAGUUUAAACUCUCAUUGGAGAGUCAUUCGGUUCGUAUCUCUCUGCUUUGACUUCUCGUUACGGCUGACAUUGUUGAUAAUCUGUGUUGGAUUUUUAGAGACGCCGCACAUGUAUUAACCCUUUCAGCCCUGGAUCCCACUUCAGACCGAAAUGUCCAUUAAAGGUUUAGGCCUAAACGUUUCUUGGGUUUUAACAUCAUAUUGGCUUUAAUCAUGAUAGGAAAAAAAGCUCAACACAAAACAGACUGGAUGAAGCACUUUGCCAUAAGCUGACAUGUACAGUAACUUCUAACAUGAGAAUGACUGUUAAUUAAAGAUUGUUUCUCUGUCAUUACCCAUGAGACUUUGCUUCAGACCUGUUAAGCUCUUGUCCUACUCGUCAGACCCAUUGUGUUUAUGCCAAAAAAAAAAUGAGGAGAGAAAGACAUGAAAGCUAGACUGUGUAAACUUGAUUUAUUUUUGAUAUGCCCUCUCACUCCCUUUUGUGGAUCUUUUGUCAUGACCAAUAAAGUAUUUACUAAUCUCC